AUGGAAGCAGCAAUGUACGCGGCCCGGAUGCUGGGUGACAAUAUGGGGAUCAUUUGUACCUCUGAGCGAUCAGCACUGAUCCACGCGCGAACCGUAUCUUUGUAUGGGUUCUCGGAAUAUUUUGCAGGCUGCGAGGCUGCUAAGCUCGGCGUAUUAGAGCUUGACUCAAAGCCUAAGGAUGAAGUCCACGGGGUCAUGACGCAGAAGAUCCACCAGCUGGUUCAUAGGCAAGGAGCUGACUGUGUGCUUCUCGGCUGCGCCGGAAUGGCGGAGAUGCGCUCUGUGUGCGAGAAGGCCGUGGAAGGAACGGGGGCGAGAGUGCUGGACGGAGUAGGACUAGGAAUUCAGUUCCUUGUUGGCAUUGUUAGAGAGAACCUUCAGACUGCCAAAAAUGGCGUGUACAGAGAUCCGGCCACAGAUCGGGAGAAACGGGGUCAAGAUUGGCUUUGA